AGGGCAGUAGCGAUAGGCGCAGGUUCGAGGUAUCGACUCUGUAGCUGAGUGGGGUUGCCAUGACGACGACGCCAUUUGCCGUGCCGUGGUGUGGCGACGCGUAAUGGCGUACCCCCCCGCAAUGUUAUGAGUGUGAUGUGAUUGAUACGAGUGAAUGGGUUGUAUUUGUGUUCAAAAUGAAUCAUCUGAAGAGGUCUGUCUAUUUUGAGACACUCAGUGGACUCGUGCAAGAACGCUAUUUAUCGAAAUUGGAGGAUGUUGGUGGGCUUGAUCCUUAUGCUUUACUAAGUGGGUUUAGUUCUGCCAUUGAGGCAAUGCCGCCUAUAACGUCUAGUUGCAUACAAGACUAUUUAGUUUAUAAGUGUAGCUUUUACACUUUUGAGAAUUUUCUCUCAGAGAAAAGUCUGAGAGCUGGCAACAAUUUUGUCGCCAGUGAAAAAGUUUCCAGCCUGGAAAGCCGCUGGAUACAAAACAAAAGCAAUUAUAUUCUGAGGUGCCGUGUUGAGCCGUCAAUGAGAUCCACGGAACCUGCUAGAAGACCGUGGGCUAUAGUUAGUAAGUUAGGGAUUAUUUUAAGUGCACACUGUGAUUGCGCGGCUGGACUUGGAGAAGCAUGUUCGCAUGUUUCUGCCAUGCUAUUCUGUGUUCGUACAUUUCGGAAGUCGCGUAUAAUCUGUUCUGUAACAGAUGAACCCGCUUAUUGGCGGCCCCCCUCAGAGCGCAUCAAAGCAACUAUGUCAUGUAUUAGACACAUUAAUUUUACAACGCCUGAGAGGCUUCUGCACAAUAUGAUUCAUGGUAAAGAGCAUGUGGUACGUGCUCCAACCACGAAGUACCCUGCCCUUUCUGAUGAUGAGUAUGAGAGAAUGAUACAGGCAUGCUUUAAAAGUGCACCAGGUGUGGUUCACACUUUGGUCAAUCCGUUUAGUGCACAAAUUAUUGCUAAAAGACCCAAAUCCUUGAAAGAUCUGUACCAUGAGUCACAUGAAGAAAAGAGCCUUGAAGAGUUAAGGGAUAUUGCAGCAGGUGUCGACCUCAGUCUGUCUCAAGAAGAGAUAGACAAAAUUGAAUUAGAGACAAGGAAGCAAGCGAAGGGUAAGGCAUUCUACAAACGUAGAAUAGGUAGGGCACCUGCUUCCAAAUUUAAAGCUAUUUGCAGGACCUCUACUGAGGGUAAGAUUUCUAUGUCUCUCCUCAAGUCUCUUGUUGAUCCAUAUCAUAGCCGCUUCACCACUGAAGCAACGCGGUAUGGUUGCAUUCAUGAGAAGGAUGCCCUUGCUGCAUACAGACAGCAAAUGGUGAAAUCUCAUCAAAAAUUCACCUUAACCAACUGCGGUAGUUUCUGUAAUGCAGAUUAUCCAGAGUUCAUAGGAACUCCAGAUGCUCUGGUAUCUUGUACCUGCUGUGGGAAGGGGUGCUGUGAGGUGAAGUGCCCCAUGUGCCUCGAAGAGAGUGAUGAGAACGAUUUGUCUCAAACAUUGGAAAAAGGUUUGGCAAGCUUUCCAGUUGGGGAAGUGCUUGAUGAAGUAACUGGCAACCUGGUGUAUAAACUGAAGGAGACUCACGCCUAUUUUUAUCAAGUUCAGUGCCAGUUGUUUCUAACAGGGCGAGCUUACAGUGACUUUGUUGUCUGGACUCCAAAAAACAAACCAAUCAUCAUAAGACUAGAACCAGAUAUUCAGUUUUGGGAGCGUGAGUCUGCCAAAGCUAAAUUCUACAUCAGGAACAUUGUACUUCCUGAACUUCUUGGAAAGUAUUUCACCAGACAAGAAAGGAGGGAGCUUGAAGAGGAGCGACAGAAAGGAGGGAAUGGAAAGAUCACUGGUGUUGCUAAACGUAAGAAAAAUAAGAAAAAUAUUCCACCUGCCUCCCCCUUACUGUUGCCUCCAAAUUCAAGUGUCCCCCAGUACCACACACCAGUCAACAUUUCCAAUAUCAUUUCUUCGCCUGCAUCAGCAGCAUCAGGUGUCAGUAACACAACUUUCACCCUACCGAAGACUCCCUCCAAGCCUAUCCCCAUUCCUUCACGCCCAUGCACACCCAUCAUCCUACCUAAGACUCCUUCCACUUCAGCAUCACCAUCUAUCAUUCGCAGAACUUUUACCCUUCCCAAGACUCCCUCUACUCCUAUUCCCAUUCCCUCAAGCCCAUGUACACCCACCAUCCUACCCAAGACUCCGUCCUCUUCCAUUUCCAUUGUUUCAUGCCCAUCUACACCCAUCAUUCGCACAACUUUCAUCCCACCCAAGUUUAAGACUCCAAACACCUCAAGUUCAAACACUCCUGCCAAAACUCGCUAUGUAAUAAUCAAGAAGCCAUCGAAUGGGCAGACACAAACACCAGGACCUGAUAGGAAGCCCUUGAGCACUCUAAAUUUAGGAAACAUUCUAAACAGAGUAAGUGGUAUGAAUAAAUUUUGUCAGUAAUAUUUGGGUUUUGGGUUUCUUUGUGAUAUCAUGAAAUUAUGAUCUCAUCUUUUGCAAUUAUUUGCACAGUGCUGAUACCUAUAAGUAUUAAUGGGUUAUUGUUGAUCAUGUCUUAUCUAGCCAUGCCAAACAAAUAUGUUGUUGUGUUAUCAUUUAUUUUAUGAUCUCAUCUUUAGCUUUUAAUUGCGCAGUACUCAUAUAUGUAUUUAUCUUUUAGUUGAUUUUGCUCAUGUGCCCUGCACAAUCGUGCCAAACAAAUGUUUUCUUGUGAUAUCAUUUAUUUAAUGAUGAUGAUCUCUUUUGAAAUUAUUUGCUCAUACUGUAGAUGUAUAUAUUUACUGUUGAGUAGUUAUUUUUAAUCAUGUGCCUUGCACAGUUGUGCCAAACAAAUGAUUUUAUGUGAUAUCGUUUGUCUAAUGAUCUCCUUUUCUGCAAUUAUUUGCACGAUCAGUUCUGAUAUCUGUAUGCAUUUAGUUAGUUUUGAUAAUGUACUGUGCGUCUUGCCUAGCCAUACCAAACAAAUGUUUUGUUGUGUUAUCAUUUAUGUAACAAUCUUGUCUUGUGCAAUUAUUUGCACUUACAGUACUGAUAUCUGUAUUUAUUUUAUUUAUUUUGUUGAUUUUGUUUAAGUGCCUUGCACAGACAUGUCAAAACAGUAUUGUUCCUUUGUUUUAGUAAAGUGGAUUGUUUUUGUAUUGUAAGUUAAAACAACCUUCAUUGUGAUCUAUACGGGAUAUAGUUCUUUGGAAUAAAUUUAAAGACAUUUAUUGAA